AUGACGAAAGGUGUGAGUAAUUUACCAUCAAAGAAGGCAUACACGGAUAUAGGGAAUAGCGGAAAUUCGUAUGGUACUGAUGACAAUACAUAUCCUAAGGUCAAAACAAUAAAGGGAAACCUAGAACCCGUAUUACAGAAUCAUCUGACGACUACUGAUUUUAUAAGUAAAAUAGCAGGUACCUGGUUUUAUAUAACUCAGGAGAUAAGGGAGGCGUAUAAUCAGCACUAUGGGGUACGUUGUGAAUAUUUUUAUUAUUGGUUAGGAGAUCUAAUAAUUAAUAAUUUAAAGCACACUAAUAAAUUUCCCGACGCCAUGAAUGCAAUCUAUGACAAAUUGCAGCUGUUACCUGGUACAAAAGAGUGUUCACCUAUAACAACUGCUACUACGUUGGACACAACCUUCUUUGAAAAGAGAAAAGUAAUAUUCGAUUAUUUAAAGGACCGUGAUACUAUAAAACAAUAUGGUUCAGGUGGUAUUUACAGCUGUACCGAAGAUUAUUCUAAUUAUUUACGUAACGUUAGGGAGAACUAUAAUUUAGUAAAAACGAAUUGUGAAAAUACAAUAGCGGAGGGACAACAACAACCGUCAUAUGGUGAUGACCCAUGUUGUAAUCUCCUCAACGGGAAAAAAGGGCUACCCACUCAGCAGGAACUAUCCAAAUUAAUAUGCAGUGUAAUAGAUCCAUCACAAAUUCAAGCAAGUAUGCAGAGUCUAGGUCCACAUCCUCCUGAAAGAACAGAACUUCAGAAUGAUGGUGGUAGUCACAUCCCUAGCACCACCUCGACUGGUACAGCCAUCGUCUCUUCCACACUUGCUACCACCAUAGGAAUAGGAGCCGCUUCCCUCCUUUUAUAUAAGUACAAUCUUUUACCUUCUUGGUUUGGUAACAAAUUUAAAGGAAGAAGCAGAAAAAGGAGAACUGCAGUUGAAAGAGACUUUGACGACUCCACAUUAACGAAGGACGACGACACACUAACAGACACUUCUACGGAAUAUUCCACGGAAAAUUCAACAUUCGAUGGAAGAGUGUAUGACACAGAGUCUACAAGAACAGAUAGCAGACAACAGCAGCGGAGGCAACAGAGGCAAAGACAAAGAAGGACGAAUAUCAGUUAUCACAACAUGUAA